UUAGUUUUUUGUCUACACACACUACACACUCUAUCCAUUAUAUUAUAUUUGACAUUAGUGUAUUGUGCGCGAUCUGAUUACAUCGCUUAUUGCAGUUCACGGUGCAAUAUUUUACAGGACAAUAUGUUUUGUAUUCAGUAACAAUAAACUAUUAAAAAUGAGUAUUACGGAUUACAAAUCGGUACUUUAAUAACAAGUUUUUGAACUGAAAACAUUUUCUUUUAAGUAAAAAUCAUUACAUUCAUCACCAUUAUGUCUCUUUUAUGUAAUGCGAGACUUGUUAAAUGCAUAAAAAGAAUUGUGCCCGUUGUUAAACAUAUCGCAACUUAUAGUAACAAUCGAGCUAUAACGUUUACUAAUACGAAACAAAGUAUACUAAACUCUGUUCAAACCACAUCUCUGUUAAAAAGCCCAAAUGCAACAAAAUCAAUUAUCUUUGGAUUUUCAUUACUUGGUUUAUUUGGACUUGACGAUAAGAAUGAUCCGGAGCGUAAACUAAUCUAUACCAUUAAAAGAGGCUUAUUAUAUUUACAAAAUGAUGAUUACAAUGCUUUUGAAAAAACAUUACAUGAUGCUCUCCAAAUAGCCAAUGAUUUAAACCAUUUUGAUGGUAUUACAUAUGUAUUUGAUGUCUUAGCAAAUGGAGCAUUUAUGAAUAAAGAUUAUGAUAAAGCAAAAACACUAUUUUUAGCAGUCAUUAGUCGGUUAUUUGAACAAGGAAGUUAUGAUGAUGAUCUUAAUAUUCUACACAUAAAUCUUAAGAUUUCUAAAAUCUUUGAAGCUCAAAAAGAUUACGAAUCCUCUAAAAUUGGUUACGAGUUCUGUUUGGAUCGUUUGAAAAAAAAGUAUGAACUUGAUUCAGAAAAUGAAGACGUUUUAGGUUUAUAUUCUUUAACAUUAGAUGCAUAUGCUCGUUAUUUAAUGAACCAAGGAUAUACUAAGAACGCGUGCUUGUAUUUUAAAAAGGCGUAUGACAUCAGUGUGAAGUUAAAUGGUGAAGUGUGUGAAAUGAAUGUUAUUUUGCUGAAUGACAUUGGAACCCUAUGUUAUGUUCACGGAAUGUUAGAAGAAGCAUUAGAAUUCUUCAGAAAGGCAGAAAAAAUUGGGAAACAUCUUCCUGACAUGGAACAUUUUUCGACAGUAUAUAUAAAUCUAGGUAAUAUUUUCUUAAAACAAGGAUUGUUAAAAGAAGCAGAAAAACAUUGCGUAGAAGGAAUGAAAAAUGCUAAAAGACAUCAUUAUGAAGAAGGCAUAAAAGAAGCAGCUAUAUGUUUAGCUGACAUAAAAAAUGCUAUGAAUUAGUAUAUAUUAAUUAAUAUUAUUUUUGUUUUGCAAGCCAAAUUUUAUUUUUAUUUAAAUCAUUAAUUAUUAUUUGUUAUUUUAUCUUGGUAAUUUUCUAUUAUAGAUAUACAGUGUAAAAUUAGUGUACAAGAAAAAUUGCUGUGAUUAGUCGAUGGUUUUUAUGAAUCAUUAGUUAGCAAACUUAAAAAAGUAUUUCAAUUUUAAAAUAAUAAAAAAAAAAUGUAUAUAAAUACAUUUGAAUUGUAUAAUGAAAAUUUUUUAAUGUAUUUUUACAUUUAAUUACUAUUUUGAAUUUAAUUUGUUUGAUUUCUAUAAUUAUAUUAAUUAAUGGUUAAAAAUGACUAAUUUUAAUAACUGAUUAUUACAUUUUUGAGUACGACUCUUAUUUACUAAAAGCUAAAAAAUUUUAAAUAUUGUCAGUUAUCUUAACUCUUAAGUAACAAUUAAACUAAUACUAUCUUAUUUAAUUUAAUAUUUAUUAUAGCUUACACUACUAGUCAAAAUAAUUAUCCAGUCAAAUAGUGUUAUGUCAAUGUAUUUUUUUUUAUUAUUAUUUAUUUAUAUCUAUGUUUAUAGAUUACAGUUUUUAGUUAUGCCAUUGUUUAUACUUUCAUGUACACUACAGUACAAAGUAUAAUAUAACAAAAAUUUAGUAAUAACUAAUACUAUAGAUUACAAAUGUAAUUGAUUAAUUUACUCAUUAAUAUUAUUGCAUUGUUUAUUCUUGAUUAUUAAUACAACAAUAUCAAAUAUUAACUUUAAAUUGUGUAUUUUAACUAGACAUAUAUAAUCCAGCUAGUAAUUCUUUAAAAAUACAAAGGUAUAAUCAACUAAUUAAACAAUUAUUAACUAUUUUAAAGAAUUGGUUAUUAAAAUUAGAAAUUUAUAAACAAGUAAUUUAAAUUUAAAAAAUUAGUAGAAACAAAAUAAUUCAAUAAUUACAGUUGAAUCCAUCCUUAUCCAAUGCCCAUGUAUAUAAAUUAUUAAGCAGUAGCAGUAUAAUUAAUUUUCUCACUUGAAAUAUAAUAUUUACAAUUUAUUAAAUAUUUAUGAUUUAUUGCAGAAAAAAAUAUGUUAAAUACAUUAUAUUAUUAUUUUUAUAACUAAAAAUAAAAAAAUGUAAUUCCAUUGAUACAUUAUUGUUAUUAAUAUCAUACAAACUAUUAUUAUCUAUUAUAAUUUUUGUUUUAAGUAAUACUACUUAAUAAUUAUAAAAUUGUUUUUAUUCAUUGACUUUUAUUGUUGAUUUGUUUUAAUUAUCAUGUAGGUAUUUGUAUGUUAUUUAUUAGUAUUAGUGUGCAAAAUUGCCAACACAAUUAUACAUUUUAUUAUAUAUAAGGGAUUUUUAUUUUAUAAUGUAACACAUACUAUUUAAAUAUUUCUCAUUAUUUAAAACUCAACUAUUUUAGAUUGUAUAUUAUAUUACUUAAAUUAUAACUAAUUUAAUUAUAUUUUUUUAAAUUUCUAGUCAUAUACCUAGUUGUUAUUAAAAUUAUGUUUUCUUUAUAGUGAUUCAAUUUAUUGUUAACCUAGAUAUAAAUUUAAUUUUUAAUGUUUUGUGGACUAUAAGAAUUAAAUACUCAACAAUUAUGUUUCUUUAUUAUCAGUAUAAUUUCAACAAAUAAUUUUUACAUUACUAUUUUAUUAUUUUUUUCUUUUUCAUUAUUAUUGUUCUUUUAAUAUUCAAUAGUUUAUAAAAAAUAUAUUCAGUAUGAUAAAUGAUUAGUUUUGAUAUUGGUAAGAAAAAUAUAUUUUUAAAUAAUUUUUUUGUAUGUGCAUAAUUAGUAUUUUUAUAGUAAAUUGCAUAUUUAGAAAUUUUUAGUAAUACAUAUUUUGAUAAUUUAUUAAAAACUAUUAAAUUUUUAAUUACCAUGUGGA